AAACACGACUAUAUAUACUGCGAAUACUUAAAGUUUAGCACACGCAUUCGCAGCCGCAUUAAGUCUUUAGCCGUUCACCUGGUCGUCUCAUCUAUACAAAACACACUCUACCGACAAUGCAGGGGCCUAAGACUGUGGGUUUGCUGUUCGCGGCUUUCGUCUGCUUGGCGCACUCCGCUGUAAUCGACGAGCCGUCGGCUCCAGCCCAAUACGACUUCAGCUACGCUGUCAACGAUCCGACCACCGGUGACCAAAAGGACCAACAGGAAUCGAGAAACGGCGACGACGUGACCGGUUACUACCGCACCCUGGACUCUGACGGUUUCUUGCGCACGGUCAGGUACAAGUCCGACGCCGUCAACGGAUUCACCGCCGAAGUCGUCCGUGAGCCGGUCAGCGGCGCCGUCGCCGCCGUGCCGAUCGUCGCUAAGGCCGCCACCGUCAUCAAACCAGUGGUCGCCCCAGCCGUCGCCCCCGUCGUCCCGUACGUCGCACCUGUGCCGUACGUCGCCUCGCCGGCGCCUUACUACUUCGGUUCGUCCGGUUACCCGUACAACUACCAGCCGUACUCAUACGGUUACCAACCGUACCCGUACGGAGCUGCUUACUCGCCGUACUCGUACGGAGCUGCUUACUCGCCGUACUCGUACGGUCAGUACGCUUACAACGGCCAAUACGGCUCACCGAUCGUCCGCAAGUAAAACGGGUGCCCGAAAAACGGGUACCGCCAUGCGCGGUGUACAUAACCACAACCGAAGCUCUUCGGCCGUUUCGCCGGUAGCGACGAGUCGCGGGCGUAGUAUUAAUUCCUUCGAUAUUGUAUUUUCUUCUGUUUAAAAAUUGUAUCUCUUAAUUAUUGUGUUGUACCUUUACGAUAAUCAUCAUUGUAUUGUCAUGUAAACAAAAAUAAUCACAUCGAUCAAUAAAUUGUACGUGCAAGUACGUAUUUGUUUCUGCUAUAUAUA